AGGUGGUGGCAACUGGCAAGUGGCAACGUGAUCUGAGCAUUAAAAAUAAUAAUAAUUAUUAAAUAAAUAAACAAAUAUUAUAAGUUAUAACCAGGAGGCUUGUCAUUGCGUCCUCCUCUGCCUUCGUCUUAUUUUUGUAUUUUAGAUCACAAGCCCGCAUCAAGCCCGUUUCUGUUUCUAUCCUGUCGAGGGCGGAGGCGUUGACUCGGAAAACGCACAGAGUACUCGUGAGCGAGAGUAGAAGAGUAAUGGGGGUGGCGGCGGCGGAGCAGCAGCACCCGUACGUGCCUCGGGAUUUGCAUCUGCCGGACUACGUGCCGUGCUUCUUGUCGCAGAGGGAUAUUCUGCUGCCCUAUCUCGCCGCCUCCCUCCUCCUCGUCGCUCUCAUCUGGCUCCUCUCCGGGCGUUGUUCGAAGAUAACAAAGACCGAUCGCUUGCUCAUGUGCUGGUGGGCUUUUACGGGGCUUACUCACAUUAUUCUCGAGGGGUAUUUUGCCUUCACUCCCGAGUUCUACAAGGAGAAAACUCCCCAUUACUUGGCUGAAGUCUGGAAGGAGUAUAGCAAAGGUGACUCCAGAUACGUCGGCAGGGAUGCAGCAGUUGUUACUGUUGAAGGAAUAACUGCUGCAAUUGAGGGUCCGGCUUGCCUUCUUGCAGUGUUCGCAAUCGCAUCAAGAAAAUCAUACAGCUAUAUUCUCCAGUUUGCCAUCUGUCUCGGACAGCUGUACGGGUGCUUGGUAUACUUCAUUACUGCAUAUUUAGAAGGCGACAACUUCUCGACCAGUCCAUUCUACUACUGGGCCUACUACAUUGGAGCAAACAGUUCGUGGGUUGUGAUACCAACUCUGAUCGCGAUAAGGAGCUGGAAGAAGAUAUGUGCAGCAUUUCAAGCCGAAAAGAAGAUGAAGACUCGAUAAGCUGUUGGAUCCUUUAACAGUGUUUAGGGGAUCAUAAAUUUCAAUACUCUGUCAGGACUGCCUAUUUAUGAUGUUAGCUGUGUGUGAAGCUGAAAAUUCUGUGUUGCAUUUGCUUUUGUUGCAUUAAUACUAUAUAACUAAUGGAAUUGUUUUCACAUAGACUUUGAAUUGGAGGCCUCUUGCUCUUUUCUGAUAA